UUAAUCUGUGAAGAUGUGUCAAAGAAAUGACAGAAAGAAUUGACACAAAUCUGUUUUGAAUGUUUAUUUGGGAUUUUGGGAAUUGGAAUAUUCAAGACAUUCGACAUUUUAACAUAUAAUUGAACAAGAAAUAAGCGAGAAUCUAGUAAAGCGCCGGAUAAGUAGAUGGUUGUUUUUAAGUAUAGCAGAUAAAAAUGAAUAAGAACUAUGAACGUUGUUCUCACUGUAACCGACGUAAAUGGCUUACAACAGGUUGUCUUCGAAAGUGGUUAAAGCCUAUGGAAUGUAAACAUUUACCAAGAACUAUUGACAAUAAAUGUGAUUUUAAUGAUACAGAUAUAGUGAAUUGUGUAUUUUUAUCUGAUCGCAAGUCUCCUGUUAACACUAACAAGUUUGUUAAGUUUUGGAAAAAUAAACUUUUCAUUACUGGCAGUGUAAGAUCAUUACAACGUUACUUUGGGAACAAGAAUAAUGGAAAUGAUUAUCUGUGCAAUAGCUACAACACACCUGUUGAAGCAUCUACUUCAGGAGAAAGGUUAAUGUUAUCUGCUAAGACUGAACAAAAGAAGGAUAUUGAAUUCAAUAAGCAAAUGUUGAAAUGUCAACACUCAGAUGACCAUUCUGUACUUCGAGGACAUCAUCAGCAUGUUUCUGUAGAGAGCUGUGCUAUUUACUGUCAAUUAUCUAAACAUGGAUGGUACUGGGGUGGUAUUACUUCAAGUGAAGCAGAGGAGCUUUUAGCUGGACAGCAUGAUAAUGUGUUUUUAGUCAGGGAUUCCUAUGAUUCACGCCACAUAUUAUGUGUAUCCUUCCGAUGUGUGGGCAGAACAUUGCAUGCACGUCUUCGCCAUGCAGAUGGUUUAUUUUCUCUCAAUAAUGAAACAUUUGUACCGGCCAGUAGAAUAUCUGAGCAUUGUGCUACUGUUGAUGUGAAAUCAAACUUAUUUGAAAUGCCUGUAAAGCUGGCACGGCCUUUGAACAGGUUUGCAAAAUUGGACUCACUACAAAAGAUAUGCAGAUUCGUUAUAAGACAAACAGUUGCAGAAAAGUUAUGGAGUAAGUUGCCAUUACCUCCGAACCUUAUAUCUUAUGUGUCAAUAGGCAGUGACUAUAUUGCUCCCACAUAAUCAUCAUAUAGCUGAAUAUAUACAUGUGCCUUACUAUUAGGAUGUGUAUCAGUCAUAGGACGAUUUUAAAGGGUAAAAAUAUAUUUUGUCAGCAUUAAUUCACAACUUUAUUAAUUUUAUCUUUUGUGUAUUGUAACCAUAUCAAUUUAAAUCUAUUUUAAGCAUUUACAAUAGAAUGUGUAUUGAAUUGGUUAAUAAUUAAUGUUUAGUGAAAAAUUCUUUAGAUUGUGUUCCAUUUGUGGUUCGAGUAUAUCAAUUGCAUGAUUAUGGGGAACUGUAUGUGGAAGUGUGUGAAUUAAAUGUUUAUCUAUUAAGAAUUUCACUUUACUAUCAAUUAAUGUUACGUGAAUCAAUGCUAUCAAAUGUAAUAUCAUAGUGACUAUCAUUAUAAUAUAUUUUAAUUAAAUUUGUAUUCUUUUAUAGUUGUGUGAUUGGUUAUGGCAAUGUUAGUUAUAUUAUUUGUUAAAUUUAUAUUGACUUCUAUAUAAACAAUGUUCAAUGUAUGUUACUCAAUCAGUCUUCAAAUAUUAGUUGUAUAAUUUGUACCUUAUAAAUGUAUAUAUGUAUUUUCAAAACUCAGGAUGAUGUUUGCUCAAAUUGAAAAUCAAACAAGGAGUUAAAUAAAAUAAAUUUAUAUUUCGUAAUUUGCAAAUUAAAAAUACUGUAGUCCUUUUCUAGAAUCUAAUUGAAAGCAAAUCCAUUAAAUUAUUUGAGUGUAUUGAUGCCCAACAUGUUUUUGGCCUGAAAAAGAAGAAAACAACCAUGUCAAUGUGUUCAUAUACUAAUAAUUGUUACCUACAUAAAAUUGAAGAUUUUUAUAAAUAUAUUUCUUUAUAAUAA